CGUGGGUGAGGUCCCGGAUGACGCGUCGGCGCAUGAGCCCCUGAGGACUCCCCCAACCCAUCUGAGGAUGAGCAAGCUGUGGGGCUUGCCGAACGGUGACCUGGAGCAGAGCCUUCCUGCCAUUGCUUCCUCCCUCUCGCACAGCCAGGGGUUCUCCCCGCACCACUACUUCUCUCCAGAAAGGCGAAGGAUCAUUUCAGAUGUUCGGCGGACCUUUUGCCUCUUCGUGACUUUUGACCUCCUUUUCAUCUCACUCCUUUGGAUAAUUGAGCUGAACACCUCCAAAGGCAUCCAGUAUAAUUUGAAAGAAGAAAUUAUCAACUACAACUUUAAAACAUCUUUUUUUGACAUAUUUCUCUUGGCUUUUUUCCGGUUCUCGUUGCUGCUUCUGGGAUACGCCAUUCUGAGGCUCCGCCACUGGUGGAUUAUCGCGAUAUCAACCUUGGUGUCGAGUGCCUUCCUGAUAGUGAAAGUUAUCCUCUCAGACCUCCUGGCCAAAGGUGCCUUCGGUUACCUCCUGCCCAUCGUCUCCUUUGUCCUUGCCUGGCUGGAAACAUGGUUUCUGGAUUUCAAAGUUCUACCUCAGGAGGCCGAGGAAGAGCAGUGGUACUUGGCAGCUCAGGCUGCUGUGGCCCGUGGACCCCUUCUCUAUUCAGGGGCUCUUUCCGAUGGCCAGUUCUAUUCCCCUCCAGAAUCUGCUGCAGGAUCAGAUGACUCAGACGACGAGCUGUUGGGAAAGAGGGAGUUAACGGAUGAGGAGAGGGAAUAUGUCCGGCAAGGCAAGAUGGCCUUGGAAGCGAUGGACCAGAUCUUAGCUCAAGAGGAGAACUGGACCUUCGAGAAAUGCAGUGACUUUGGCGACACGGUUCACUGCCUUGAAAUGCCAUUUUACGGCAAGGUUUUCAUCCUCAAGGCUGUCCUGCAGUGUCCUGCUGAGAUAGUCUACCAGGAGAUGAUUCUCCAGCCUGAGAAGAUGGUCCUGUGGAAUAAAACCUUGCUAACGUGCCAGAUCUUGCAACGAGUGGACGAUAACACGACAAUAUCUUACGAUGUGGCUGCAGGCGCCGCUGGCGGUGUAGUAUCACCCAGGGACUUUGUCAAUGUGCGUCGGAUUGAGAGAAGGAGAGACCGCUACAUUUCAGCAGGGAUGGCAACUGUUCACAGCUCGCGCCCUCCAACUUCCAAAUACGUCAGGGCAGAGAACGGGCCAGGGGGCUUCGUUGCCUUGAAAUGCCCCACGAAUCCGAACCUCUGCACCUUGAUCUGGGUACUCAAUGCAGACCUCAAGGGUCGGCUUCCCCGAUACCUCAUCAACCAAAGCUUGGGCGCCACCAUGACGGAGUUUAUGUUCCACUUGCGCAAACGGGUUUUGGAGGUCACAGCCAGGUCUUAACGUCUGGGGAUUCUUUG